AUGGAACGGUACCUGAAGGAAGAACCAAUGGUGUCAUCCUCGCCCACACGGUCCGAGUCACCAUGGCUGACGACGUGGUCAACGCGCGUGGAGGUGGAGGUGGGCCUGGACUGCGCGAGUAGCGUGACGUCCAACAGCAGUUCGCCUUCGACGUGUUGGUCCGGAUUCGCGACGCCGCCACCCAGCCCGCCGGACGAGACGGACGUGUCGCCGACUGUGGUGGCGUCGCUGCUGUCUUCGGCCGCAGCCGUCGCCGCAGCCGCAAAAGCCGCGGCCACCGCUUCGACCACAGGUGCGUCCGGUCGUGUAGCUUCCGCCGCGACCGCGUCCACCCCCGCCACGUCGGCGGCCGCCACCACCACCGCCGGUCUGCUGAAGGUGACCGUCGCCCCGGCCGCCGCGUCUGGGGCCACCGUCAGCCCGGUCAGCACCGCCAGUACCUGUACCGCCGGCACCAACAACGCCAGCACCAACACCACCGUCACCGUCGGCGGCCGUACGGCGGUCGGCACCGUGGCCGCAGUGGCGACGACGAUCACCGCCGCCGCGUCGCCCGCGCACCGCGAGCAUGGCACCGCCGCGGCCGCCGUUGUCCACGCUCCGGUGUUGUCCAUCACCACGGCCGCCGCCGUCGCGUACCACCCGAGGCUCCACCUGUCACCUGACGCCGCCAAGAAGAUACACAAGUGCAAGUAUCCCGGCUGUGAGAAGGUGUACACGAAGAGUUCGCACUUGAAAGCUCACCUCAGAACGCAUACCGGCGAAAAGCCGUACAAAUGCGAGUGGAUAGGCUGCGGCUGGAGCUUUGCCCGGUCGGACGAGCUGACCCGCCAUUACCGCAAGCACACUGGCGCCAAACCGUUCAAGUGUCGCCACUGCGAGCGAUGUUUCUCCAGGUCCGACCAUUUGGCGCUGCACAAGAAACGGCACUUCACUUAA